AUGCUAUCCUCGUUCUUGGCCCUAACUUUGACCAUUAUGUACUUGAACCACAACUGCAUCGCGAAGAGCCUUCCAUCGAUAUCAUCUGAAAAAAAUGGUUUGGUUGCCGAUUCAUGGAGGCUGCUCCAAAAUAGUGAAUACGAAAAAGAUAACCUUAUUUGCCUCUCAACUGGUUGUGUGAAAGCUGCGGCUUCCUUAAUCAACAACAUGGAUCAAUCAGUAGAUCCAUGUGAUGAUUUCUAUCAGUUUGCGUGUGGUAAUUUUAUAAAAAACACUUUUCUCAAUGAUGGCGAAAAUGCACGAAACUCAUUCUUUGCGAUUGAUGAUGCGAUAAUACACCAGAAUCGAAUGAUCGUUACCGAACCCAUUCAACCUAAUGAACUGCGACCGAUCAAGAUGAUGAAAUUGCAGUUUAAAUCUUGCAUAGACCAAGAAAAGUUAGGCUUGGAACCUAUCAAGAAAAUGCUGAAAAGCAUCGGCGGAUGGCCGGUGCUGGAAGCCGAGAAAUGGAACGAAUCAAAGUUCACGUGGACGGACACUAUGUACAAGUUGCAGGGAGUGGCUUACUUCUUCGAAUUAAAGGUCGCACCAGAUAAUAAUGUUAAAGAAAAUAUUCUGUAUCUGAACAAAACGUCCUUGGGACAUACACGAGAGUACCUGGCCCAGGAAAAAGACGACGAUUCCGUGUACCAAUACUACAGGUACAUGGUGGACAUUGUGGUGCUGUUUGGAGCUGAAAGGCAAAAGGCCACCGAGGAGAUGAGAGAGUCAUUGGACUUUGAGAUAGAAUUGGCCAAGAUAUCGAUGUCAGAGGAAGAGCAACAGGACAAUGAUAAGUUGUACAACCAGAUGAAAAUUUCCGAUCUACAACAAAAGUUCCCGAGGAUACCGUGGCAAGAGUUCCUUAACAAAACGUUGAACCAAUUCAUCCGACAGGAUGACAUUAUAAUUGUGGCUUCGCCGAAAUACUUUUCGGGCUUGGAAUCACUACUCAGCAAAACUCCCAAAAGGGUCCAAGUAAAUUACGUGAUUUGGAGACAUAUUGAAGAUUUCUCAAUAUGUCUGACAGAAGAACUGAGAAAAAGACAUAAUAUUUACAUGGCACAUGAUAUAACACAACCCCGAUGGAAAAAUUGCAUGGAUAUCAGUACUGUAAUGUUUGAUUUAGCCAUUAACUCGUUAUAUUUUCAACGUAUACGUUUCAAUGAAUACACUAAACAGAAUAUUACAGAAAUGGUGAAUAGUAUCAAGGAGGAACUGUAUAAAAUAUUAUCGUCAAAUAUGUGGAUGGACGAUAAAACAAGGAAAAAAGCAAUGGACAAAGCAAAGGCAAUGACACAUAAGAUUAUACAUCCUGAGCUAUUGGAUGACAGCAAGUUGAUUGCCUAUUAUGAAAAUUUGGAAGUCAACGACCAAGACUUUUAUACAUCAUUAUUGAAUUGCACUAAAUUUAUCACUGACUAUGAGUUUUCAAAAUUAAGGAAACCUGUUAAUAGUGUUAAUACAUCGGAUUUGGUUUCUCUAAGAGGUUAUGUAGCACUUAUAAAUGCUUUCUAUAUACCUACAGAAAACAGAAUCAUACUUCCCUUUGGUAUCUUGCAAGGUGCGUUAUUCUCGAACGAUCGUCCUCAAUACAUGAAUUACGGUGGAAUUGGAUUUCUAAUUGGGCACGAGAUCAUUCAUGGUUUUGAUAACAUAUACAGACACUAUGAUAUGAAUGGUACCAAGGUAGACUGGUGGGCGGAGGAGACGAAUAAACGCUUUUUCGAAAAAGAAAAGUGUUUCAUCAAUCAAUAUGGAAAUUACACUGUUCCUGAAGUCGAUCUCAAGGUGAACGGCACUCAAACGCUUAGUGAAAAUAUCUCAGACAAUGGAGGAUUUAACAUAGCGUACAACGCGUACAGAGAUUUUGAAAAAAGACAUGGCUUUGAACCACGACUACCUGGGCUCCUAGAGUACACGCCUCGGCAGAUGUUCUGGUUGAGCAACGCCAAUGUGUGGUGCGAAAAGAAUCAGAUGGACGUUGACAUUUUUAGAAUCAAAUACGGCGAACAUUCGCUCUCCCGUUUCCGGAUCAACGGCCCGUUCUCCAACAUGAAAGACUUCAGCGACGACUUCCGGUGUCCUCUAGGCUCCAACAUGAACCCGGCCAAGAAGUGCCAGUUGUGGUGA